AUAAAAUUGCGUUGCAUCUGGUAACCCUGGGUGUCAGUGUCAGUUUUCUGUCAAAAACACGAGUUCUUUUGGUUCUGAAUGGUGAUUACAGGUUACAAUACAAAGUUUUAAAUAAAUAGUAGUUUGUAAAUCAGAAUAGAUUUUUAAUUUAUAACAUAAUACAGUGGUCGCUCCUUAAGUUUAUAAUUUUAUAAAUACUAUAUUUGAAAAUGGCUCGCGGCAAGGAUAAGAAGAAGCGGAAAUUGGAGAAAAAACAGGAAGGUGACGAUGUUCCCAAGAAAAUCCCUCAUACCCUGGAAUCUCUCAGAGAGAAAGAUGAGACGAUGCUGGCAAAUGUUGACGCAGAGGAGCAAGAAGAGGCACAAAAAGACAUGGAACUGGAUGAGCUGUCGUCAUAUUAUGAAAACACCUAUGAACCCAAAGUUCUUAUAACAUAUUCAGAUAACCCACAUAACAAAACUAGAAUAUUUGGCAAGGAACUUGCUCGAAUGAUUCCAAAUUCUCUCUCGAGGUAUCGUCAAAGGUCUUCAGUUAAACGUAUUGUACAAUCAGGCAUAAGGGAAGGUAUCACAGAUGUGAUAAUAAUAAAUGAAAAUCAGAAGCAGCCAAAUGGUUUUCUUCUCAUACAUUUACCUGAUGGACCCACGGCUCACUUCAGACUAUCUAGUUGCAAGAUCACACCAGAGUUAAGAAAAGACCAUAAAGAAAUUACUACUCAUAGGCCUGAGGUAGUUUUAAACAACUUUAGCACCCGUCUUGGUCUGACAGUGGGCCGUAUGCUUGGCGCGUUGUUCCACUACGAGCCGCAGUUCCGCGGCCGUCGCGCCGUCACCUUCCAUAAUCAACGGGACUACAUAUUUUUCAGGCAUCAUCGAUACGAGUUCACCAAAGACGGCAAGCGUGCAAAAUUAUUGGAGCUGGGCCCACGAUUUACGCUGAAACUGAUAUCGUUGCAGCAGGGAACCUUCGAUUCGAAGCAUGGCGAUUACGAAUGGAUUAUUGCUGGCCGUCGGCAUCAACUCGAAACGUCCAGGAGGAAAUUCUUUUUAUAGUAGAAAUAAAGGAUAUUGUUAUAAACUUUUACACCAUGUUAUUGUUUGUUUUUAGCGUAUUGCCGAUAUUUCGGCACUGUUGCAAGCGCCAUGAUCACGGAGUAACUGGUAACCAGUGUUGCCAGGUCUGAUUUAAAAAAAAUGGGGGGCGUUACUAGAAAUAUGCAGUAGAUUUAUGGAAAGAGCUAGGUACAGAAAAAACAGUAGAUGCAGGGGCGUACUUUUUCCGAUUUGCACAUCCAGAAUGCGCAGAAUCGAAGUCAGAGGAGCGCACUCAGAAACGUAUUCCUUCUGAGCUGAUAAUCAGCGUUGGUAUAAUGCGAUUCAACUAAGAAUAGGACAGACUGGGCGCCAUAUUUUGACGACAUAGCUGUGAAUUCAAACCAAAUAGGUAGAGAAAAAAAAAAAGAUUUUAUUCAAUAAAAUUUCUAACUAAGAUUAAGUGAGAAAAAACAUCAGAUUUUUUUAUGAAAAUAUUUACUAAGAUUGAGAAAAAAUCAACAAAUUUUUAAUAAUAUUUAUUUAUUAAGACUGUGUGAGAAAUAAUCAGUAUCUAGCUCUUCAAUUCCGCUCAUCUCUACAUUACUGCCGGAGUAGAUAAGAAUAAUCAUGCACUAUUACUAGGUCACAUACGAACAUACAUCCUUUAGGUAAACGAAAGUUUUAAAUUGAGUUUCUGAACGCAACUUAAAGUGACAUUUGGUUGACGGUUUAGGUUAUCAACCAUUCAUAGCCAAAGCUCAAUAAAUGAAAAAAAAUAUCAACCAAUAUUAAUUAACAAUAUUUGUUAUUGUUUGUUUACAAAUGUGUGGUUUUUAAUCUAGAAUUAGCUGAGUGCUAAAAAAGAGUUCUUUUGCAAACCGUACUUUUCAAGCGACAUUUGACAGUUGGAGGUCAUUGGCUUUCCUAUUCUUAUUUGAAUCGCAUUAGAUAGCUUUUCAUCUCGGGAAUGCAUUAAGUUACGAAGUUAAGGGUGUGAAUUUGCUUUGUAUGUUUCUAAAUGGCUUCGACUCUGCCUAGUAAGAAUUGACCAUUACGCUUCGGUAAGAUUCUACGUCAUGGUGCGAUUGUACUUAGCCGUUAGCACGAAUAUGAGUGUCAAUGGAAUUCGGGUAACCGAGUAAGUGUAUAGAAUGGAGUCGAGUACGCUCGUAUUCGGGUAGUUUUCGUUUUGGUUAGCCGACAGUCUUCCAGUGUAAAUACUGCUUUGGGUGCCCCGAAUUCGAGUAAUGUCUUCGUGCACCCGGAUACAGGCUAACGGCCAAAUCUAAUUAAUCUAUUAGUGGUUUGUCCGCAGUGGCGGCGCUAGACCACAUGUGGACGUCGGCGACAUCAAGUUCGCGAGGCCUAUUUUAUUUCGCAGUAAACAUCGUUAAAUUAAGUGAGCCAAAUUAUAAAAUAACGUAUGAGUAAACGAGUUUUAUUGUUGAUAAUCAAAUGAUGACGAAAAAUAAUUACAAACAUAGUUUAAUUACAAAAAUAGUGUUGCCAGACAGACGAUUCUGAAUACCCGUAAAGUACUACUCGCUUCCAUCACGCACGUGUUCGAAAAUAAUAAAAGUCAUUAUCAUCUGCUUAGCUUUUUCCCCGAAUUGUUCUGGGUCGGCUAUCUAAGCCAGGCCAGGAGAAACGAAAAUAAAUAUGUAACUUGUAAAAAUUUUUUGCGAGGCCAGGCUCAGGCGCGAGGCCGACGCCUAGCGCCGCCACUGUUUGUCCGAAUGCGGGUGAUUAGGAAAAUUUACGCCACCAGUUGGCGCCACUGACAGCACUUAUUCGGACUUCUCAUAACAUCUUAAAAAAUGCUCGCUGACCGCUUUCUUCUUCACCGCUAGAUUACACCGGAAUGGCAGCGCGGCGUCGAGCACUUUCAGUGCGGAAUAAUUUGAAACUUUGAUCAAAUUAAUAAAAGAAAGGCCAAGUGCGUGUCGGACUCACCCAUGAAGGGUUCCAUAGCAGUAAGUAACAUAAUAUAAAAGUACUUGUAGGUCAUUGUAACUUCGAUCGAUGUUUUAAUAAUACUUAGUGUAUAUUUUUUAAAUAAGUAAUUAAUUAUUUAAGAAAAACUACUCAGGAAGGUACUAGAUCUCGUUCAAAUUUUCGGUGCAAGUUUGCAUGGUAAUGUACAUUAAAUAUAUAUUUUUUUGUUUUAUCAUUCUGUUAUUUUAGAAGUUCCGGGGGGGGGGGGGGGGGCACAUUUUGCCCCUUUGGAUGUCUCUCACGUAAACUAAUCAGUUUAGAAAAAAAUUAUAGGUAUUAGAAACCUCAACAUCAUUUUUGAAGACCUAUCCAUAGAUGGCACACGUAUGGGUUUAAGGAUAUUUUUUUUAGUUUCAGUUCAAGUAUGGGGAACCCCCAAAGUUUGUUUUUUUUUUCUAUUUUUGUGUGAAAAUCUUAAUGCACUUCACAGAAUACACCUACUUACUAAGUUUCAAAAUGAUAGUUCUUCUUUACCUAGUUUUGGAAAAAAGUGUCUGAGAGAUACGGACGGACAGACAUACGUUCCGUUUUUUGUCAUUUGGCUACGGGACCCUAAAAAGCUCGGAGAAGUCUUCGAUUAAAACAUCUUUCAAUGAGAAAGUGCACGCCGCGUCGCAGCUGUUCCGGUGAGGAUUAGGCCUUAGAUGCAACGAGAUAUUUGCGCCGCACCGUGUAGGUCUGGACUCUACUCGUUGAUAGUUUAAAAGGAAAUCAAUGUACCGGAGCAAAUAUCAAAACCGAGCUUAUACAUACCCAACCUAACAGCUAUUACCACAAAUGGCAACUCCUAUAAACAUCCGAGCCAGUGCCCGUAGCAUGAAUAACUGCCAAAAACCAUUGUAACUCGACAAUAGAACGAGAUAUAAAUAAUAAAAAAAAAAACAUAUGUGUCAUCUAUUUCUUUUUUUGAUUUUUAAAAUGGGCGUCAAAAACAUGGAUGCUGUUUUUUUUUGUUUAAAUCUUCUUAAAAAUAGGCUUAGUUAUUGUACUCUUAUGAGGUGUCAUUUAUGCAAAUAGCUUACAAAUUGUUGUAACUAACACCAGAAAUCCUAAUAGCGGAAGAAAUGGUUUGUUUUAGGUGAAUUAAUUAAAACAAAGGAGAAUGGACAAGUGCGGCCACUUCAAAAAGUUAAUAAAAUUGAUAGAAAACAUAAUUACGUAAAAGUUGUUAUGUACUCGGACACCUAUUUCGUACGUAUAGUUUUCGAAAUAACCUAAAUAGUGUAUCUACACUAAUAUUACAAAGAGGAAAGAUUUGUUUUUUUGUUUGUAACAGAUAAGCUCGAAAAGUACUGGGCCGAUUUUAAAAAUUCUUUCACCUAAAGAGCUACAUUAGUCCCGAGUAACAGUCUACUUUUUAUGCUACAGGAAUCCCCAUGACUUACGAUCAUGCGGGCGAAGUCCGUGGGCGGAAAGCUAGUACUUUAUAUAAUUUCGCUUAACUAUGUUCGCGUGGCCUUUAUUCAUUACAUUGGUUACCCAAAAAUAGCAUAAUCAUGUUUUAAAGUGGUUUUCAAACUCUAAUACAGUGAAUCAAAACAGUAAGCACAGUUUCUAUGUAGAGAGAGAGAGGAUAUUAAAUAAAACUUAAAUAUUUUUAAAACUCAUUUAUUUCAUUAAAAUACAUACAAAAUUAUAUUUCUAAAUAUUAAAUUUUUACAAUGUAUAACAUUAAAAAAAAUAACAUUUAAAAAUACAAAAAUGCAGUUCCCCAUCGGCAGCAAGAUCAGGGUCCCUGCUACCGGCGGUUAAGGAUCCAUAGACAGGAACCUCCUCACUAUUCGGGCCGUGUCCAGAAGAACUGCCUUCUGCAUCUGACUCUUGACCCAACCACCUAACGCGAGCCUCUUAAGGUGUUUAUCGAGGCUCUUGGCUAUCAAACCAUGGGCAGAUAUGAUUAUCGGCACAACAAUUGCUGAAUCGAUGUCCCACAUGUCAACAAUCUCGCGAGCUAAAUCAAGAUAUUUGUUUUCUUUAUCUUUUUCAGCUUUUACAAGGUUGUCGUCAUGUGGGACAGCGACAUCAACAACUACUGCACGGCGUUCGUGUCGAUCUAUCAAUACAAUAUCGGGCUUAUUAGCCACAAUAGUCCUGUCUGUAAUGAUAGAUCGAUCCCAAUAUAAUGUGGCAUGGCUAUUUUCAAGAACCUGUUUUGGAGCAUACCUGUAGUAAGGAACCUCGGAUGCUAAAAGAUUGUAUUUCAAAGCAAGUUGUUGGUGUAUUAUCCUGGCCACUUGGUUAUGUCUGUGCAAAUACUCGCCAUUUGCGAGACGAGAACAACCGGAGAUUAUAUGCCUAAGGGAUUCACCUGGGUGAUGGCACGCACGGCAAACAUCCAAUGUGUCAUCCUUCAGUAUAAACCUCCGGUAGUUCUUCGUCAUCACAACCUCAUCCAUAAUUGCACAGAUAAAACCUUCGGUUUCACCAAAAAGGUCACCGAAACGUAGCCAGGAUACUGAUGCUGAUAAAUCUACGUCAGGCCCAUGGAGAGCCCGGUAGAAUCUGCCAUGCAACUCCUUGCUUUGCCAUACAAUGCUGCGAUCCGAAGUACUACAGGCCUGCGCCAGUUUUCUUUUGCUAAAAAUAGAGGAGUGAGUCCAUUGUCAACAGCAACUACAUCUCUAUGAAUCCCCAUAUCGACGUUAAGAAAAUACUCCCUUAGAUUGUUUAUCUCGCGGUUAUGCAAUGUCUUGGCAUUUAGAAAGCCACGACCACCACACUUCCGCGGGAUAUACAAUCUCAUAGUCGAGGAGCGUGGGUGAUGCAUACGGUGUGCUGUUAACAAUGUACGAACUGUUCUGUCCAAGGCAUCAAGUUCAGUUUGAGUCCAUUUAAGUAUGCCAAAGGAAUACAUCAAUAGCGGCAUUACCCAGCCAUUAUAUGCACGAACCUUGUUUCCGCCCGACAAAAGACUUUUAAGAACUUUUGACAGGCGCCCCAAGAAACGCUCACGUAAUGACUGUUUCAUGUCAGCAUCGUUGAUGCCUAAUGCCUGUGACAUACCUAAAUAUUAUUUAUAGGUUUCGUUUACGGAGAGAGAUCUAAGGUGAACUGAAUCCGAAAGUUGUAUACCCGCGGAUUCCACUACCUGACCACGCUUUACAUGCAUGAUUGCACAUUUGUCCACACCAAAUUCCAUUCUGAUAGCAUUACUGAAAUCUUCAGUAACCUUCAGUAAGGCUGUCAAAUGAGAACUGCUGUGGGCAAAAAGUUUCAGGUCAUCCAUGUAAAGCAGGUGUGAUAUUACUUGACCAUUUCUCCGUAAACGAUAGCCUAAACUCUCGAGUAGUGUACUCAGAGGGUUCAAGGCCAGGCAAAACCAUAAUGGACUCAGACCGUCGCCCUGGAAGAUGCCUCGCUCUAUUUUUAUAGGAUCGCCGUUACCCAGAGUCCGUCGAGAUUCUGGAUAGAAUAAGACCGUUCUCCACUGUCGCAUACAUGACAUCAAGAAAGCGCGUAGAGUUGCAUUUAUUUUAUACAGCUCUAGCACCCUCAUGAGCCAUGAAUGCGGUACGGAAUCAUACGCUUUCUUGUAAUCUAUCCAGGAAGUCGACAGAGUCUUUCGGUUACGGCGGACCUGUUGAUUAAUAGCCAUGUCAAUGAGGAGUAGCUCUUUAGUACCACGGGCCCCAUUCCUACAUCCAUUUUGAGAGGUGAACAUGAUAGAAUUUUGAUCAAUAUGUUUACAAAUCUUAGAUCUCAAAAUAGAUGUAAGAGUUUUAUAAAUUGUUGGCAGACAGGUGAUUGGUCUAUAAUUUUUUGGGUCCGUAGUACUACCAGAUUUAUGGAGCAGAUGGGUUAUGCCUGUUGUCAUAAAUUCUGGAAGCGACCGAGAUGAUAAAGCACGCUGGAAUUGAGAUGCUAAGCAAACGUGCGAGCUUGGUAACCAUUUGAACCAGAAAUUGUGCAGUCCGUCUGGGCCUGGCGAUUUCCAGUUGGGUAACGAACGAACUGCACAAACUACGUCUUCGUAGUCAAUGGUCACAUCGUUCAUUUCAGGUAAAAGCUCGCACGAUCGCUCAACAUCCCUCAUCCACGCGCCAUCAGAAUGAGUGACAGGCACGGACCAGAUGUUGCGCCAGAAAGAAAUCAUGGCCUCAUCAUCCGGUCGACAGGUAUCAAUAUCACUAUGAUUCGAUUGCUCCCAGGAUCGAUAAGCACAACGUUGAUCUGUUUCGAACAUGCGGUUCUGAGUAAAACGACUCACUCGCAUCUUAUACCUCCGAAUGCGAUUAGCCCAUGCACAAAUUUUCUGAUUCAGAAAGUCAAUGCGCCCUGUGACACGUGAACUAUAAUUCUCGGGACUAAUACCAGUUCCCGAGAAUGCACGCCUCACAAAGCGCAUGACCCUAGGGCGGGUGUUGCCCUCCCUGAAACAGCUGAGCUUACCGAUGAGUACCCUAGCCUCGCUAAUACGGUUCUCAAUCCUGCACUGCCAGGCUGGUACAGCCUGUCUAGGGCGUGUUGCUAUGUCAGUAUUUGAGAAUUUGACAUGCGCCACACGACAAGCCGUAACAGCCGCACAGUACAAGAUCGAAUGAGUAUCAGCGAGGCCUUCGCUACUAUCAAUAUAAUUUGAUAAUAGCGAAUCUAAAGCGCACAUCAGCGCCCUAUUUUUUUUGUGCAUAGGGAAACGCGGAAGCCGAGGUCUAAGACGCAACGGAGUGGAUCGAAAUUCCCGAACUACAUCCUCGAAAGUACUCCUCAAUACAUCAUUAUAUUGGGAACUUACAGUAGUAAUCACAUCGUCUCUAUCAUCACCAUCAGCAACGUCAGCUUGUAAUGCUGUAAUGGACGGAGAUAGAUUUGCCGCCUGUGAUGCAAUAGAAACGAUGUGAUUACUUUGUACCUCUGUACGGAGCCGAUCAAGUGUAGAGUCAUCCAAUAAGUGACCCCGUUGAAUGGCCCGCACCUGACCCGAUAAUCGUUGAGCCGAAACGUUGACGGUUGGUUCAAGAGCCUGAAACAGAGAAAGCAUCCGAGCACGGUACGCAGUAAGAUUGGUUCCUGCCUCUGUUGCCUCAAAAUAUGCACGCAUGACACUUUCAUUUAUGGAAGUUGUCCAUCGCAUGCGGUGCACUCCACCGGGAGCGGGGGCCCUGACCGGAGCCGAUUGCCCCACAAGCCCCAAACCCUUCGGUGGCCGGCCUCUUCUUCGACGAACUGGUGGUGGCGUCGCUGGAGGAGAGAAGUACUCGUCACUAUCGCUCGACGCAACUGCAGGUGUCAGCCGGAGGGUACUCGGUACUGUGACUGUUGCCGAAAACUGCGAGGCGGAGCGACGUGCCGAGUCCGGUGAUCUCAAACGUGCUUUGCUCCUCGUCAACAUUGUUGAUUCAUUUCCAUUCUGUUGUUUUUAUUCAUUAUUUGUUUUGACACUUUCACAUGUCAUCGGGGUAAUCAUUUUUUGUUUGUGAACUAUUUUCUUUUUUUAUUUCUAUUUAAUUUUUGGUUUUGUAGUAGAUUCAAUUCAGAUAACUAUGGUAUUAUAAAUAUAGUAGUAAUUAAUGACAUACGAUCAUGCGGGCGAAGUCCGUGGGCGGAAAGCUAGUACUUUAUAUAAUUUCGCUUAACUAUGUUCGCGUGGCCUUUAUUCAUUACAUUGGUUACCCAAAAAUAGCAUAAUCAUGUUUUAAAGUGGUUUUCAAACUCUAAUACAGUGAAUCAAAACAGUAAGCACAGUUUCUAUGUAGAGAGAGAGA